GACGUUUCGCAAAGUCGCAUAUAAACAAAGCAAAUCUUGAUCACAUUCAGUGCAGUCGUUUCUCCGCUCUUUCCCGUGAUGAAAAUUGUACGCAGUAUUUAAAUUGUGUUCUGAUAUUCCUCAUCCAUCACACUCCUUGCCUCGUGAUGCUUUCGUUUUUCCGCAAGAAAACCUCCGACGAGUUGCCCACCGGGGGAUCCGCACCGUCGGCCGCGAAAGGCAAUCCGUCAAUCGGUGGAACAACAGCAAAUGGUGAAGUGCCUCCACGACCGAGCCUGCAAGAGCUGGGCUACCGAAAUGCGAACGAUUUGCGUGAAACCAUCUACGACUUUCUGCGCACAAUACGCGACCCGGAAAAGCCCAGCACGUUGGAAGAUCUGCACGUCGUGUACGAGGAGGGAAUAUUCGUGAACGAGCCAACGCCGGGCAACGUGAACGUGGUGCGGGUCGAGUUUAAUCCGACCGUACCGCACUGUUCGCUGGCAACGCUGAUAGGGCUGUGCAUACGGGUGAAAAUAGAGCGAAACAUUACGCACAGCCUGAAGCUGGACAUCUACAUCAAGAAAGGUGCCCACGCGACGGAAGACGAAAUUAACAAGCAGAUCAAUGAUAAGGAACGAAUAGCAGCGGCUAUGGAGAAUCCAAACCUCAGACAGUUGGUGGAGAACUGCAUCAAAGAUGAAGAUUGAAAGACUGAACGCUAUCGGUGCAAUAAAUCAUUUUUUUGUGGUCAUGGAAGGUGUGUGCUCACGGGGUAAGCAGUUGAAGGUAAUCGAUUGUUGGUAAAAUAAAUAGUUUCCUAUAUAAGUACGAA